GCUGCUGCUGCCGCUGCUGCUUUUGCUUUUGGGGCUGAGUUUAAUAAGCAAGCGAGCGAGCGAGCAAGCGAGCAAGCGAGCGCGGGGGGAAAAAGGCAGAGAAUGUCCGCCAUCUACCCUCCGCUUCUGGGCGCGCUCUCAUUCAUAGCAGCCUCUUCAUGAAUUACAGCUGAGGGGGGGUGGGGAGGGGGGGUACCACACAACACCCCGGCAAACCUCCGGGCCCCCAGGCAUGGCUAGCUCGUGUGCCGUGCAGGUGAAGCUGGAGCUGGGGCACCGCGCCCAGGUGAGGAAAAAACCCACCGUGGAGGGCUUCACCCACGACUGGAUGGUGUUCGUGCGCGGUCCGGAGCACAGUAACAUACAGCACUUUGUGGAGAAAGUCGUCUUCCACUUGCACGAAAGCUUUCCUAGGCCAAAAAGAGUGUGCAAAGAUCCACCUUACAAAGUAGAAGAAUCUGGGUAUGCUGGUUUCAUUUUGCCAAUUGAGGUUUAUUUUAAAAACAAGGAAGAACCUAGGAAAGUCCGCUUUGAUUAUGACUUAUUCCUGCAUCUUGAAGGCCAUCCACCAGUGAAUCACCUCCGCUGUGAAAAGCUAACUUUCAACAACCCCACAGAGGACUUUAGAAUAAAGUUGCUGAAGGCAGGAGGGGACCCUAACAGGAGUAUUCAUACCAGCAGCAGCAGCAGCAGCAGCAGUAGCAGCAGCAGCAGUAGUACCAGUUUUUCAAAGCCUCACAAAUUAAUGAAGGAGCACAAGGAAAAACCUUCUAAAGACUCCAGAGAACAUAAAAGUGCCUUCAAAGAACCUUCCAGGGAUCACAACAAAUCUUCCAAAGAAUCCUCUAAGAAACCCAAAGAAAAUAAACCACUGAAAGAAGAGAAAAUAGUCCCUAAGAUGGCCUUCAAGGAACCUAAACCCAUGUCAAAAGAGCCAAAACCAGACAGUAACUUACUCACCAUCACCAGUGGACAGCAAAAUAAGAAGGCUCCUAGUAAAAGGCCCCCCAUUUCAGAUUCCGAAGAACUCUCAGCCAAAAAAAGGAAAAAGAGUAGCUCAGAGGCUCUAUUUAAAAGUUUUUCUAGUGCGCCACCGCUGAUACUCACUUGUUCUGCUGACAAGAAACAGAUAAAAGAUAAAUCUCAUGUCAAGAUGGGAAAGGUCAAAAUUGAAAGUGAAACAUCAGAGAAGAAGAAAUCAACUUUACCGCCAUUUGAUGAUAUUGUGGAUCCCAAUGAUUCAGAUGUGGAGGAGAAUAUGUCCUCUAAAUCUGAUUCCGAACAACCCAGUCCUGCCAGUUCCAGCUCCAGUUCCAGCUCUAGCUUCACACCGUCCCAGACCAGGCAACAAGGUCCUUUAAGGUCUAUAAUGAAAGAUCUGCAUUCUGAUGACAAUGAGGAGGAAUCGGAUGAAGGAGAGGAUAAUGACAAUGACUCUGAAAUGGAGAGACCUGUAAAUAGAGGAGGUAGCCGAAGUCGCAGAGUUAGCUUAAGUGAUGGCAGCGAUAGUGAAAGCAGUUCUGCUUCUUCACCCCUACAUCAUGAACCUCCACCACCCUUAUUAAAAACCAACAACAACCAGAUUCUUGAAGUGAAAAGUCCAAUAAAGCAAAGCAAAUCAGAUAAGCAAAUAAAGAACGGUGAAUGUGACAAGGCAUACCUAGAUGAACUGGUAGAACUUCACAGAAGGUUAAUGACACUGAGGGAAAGACACAUUCUGCAACAGAUUGUGAACCUUAUAGAAGAAACUGGACACUUUCAUAUCACAAACACAACAUUUGAUUUUGAUCUUUGCUCGCUGGACAAAACCACAGUCCGCAAACUACAGAGUUACCUGGAAACAUCUGGAACAUCCUGAGGAUACAACAACUGGAUGCAUCAAAAACUAUUGGUUUUUUGGUUUUUUUUUUUUUUUUUUGGUUGUGAUUUUUUGUUGUUGUUGUUUAUAUGAAAACACUCAGAAUGAUGCAACCAAAAGGGAAAAAAUAAAAAUCAAACAACCUUCA